AUGGCCAACAACAGUGUUUGUGGAAUUGGAAUUGCGUACAAUUCUAAAAUAGGAGGUGUUCGAAUGUUGGAUGGAUUUGUCACUGAUAGUGUUGAGGCAGCUUCUUUGGGACUUAACCCGCAGCACAUUGAUAUAUAUUCAGCUAGCUGGGGACCAGAUGAUAAUGGUCAAGUGGUUGAUGGUCCAGGACCAUUAGCUACAGAGGCCUUUCUGAAUGGAAUUGAAAAGGGAAGAAAUGGUUUGGGAAAUAUCUUUGUGUGGGCUUCUGGAAAUGGUGGUAAUGCACAUGACUCUUGUAAUUGUGAUGGUUAUACAAACAGUAUUUACACACUCUCCGUCAGUAGCACAUCAAAAAAUGGUUUGAAGCCAUGGUACUUGGAAGAAUGUUCCUCAACUAUUGCAACUACAUACAGUAGUGGGGCCUUUGGGGAGCCACAAAUUGUAACUGUUGACCUUCGGGGUACAUGUACAACCUCACACACUGGUACAUCUGCCUCUGCUCCACUGGCUGCAGGAAUUGUUGCUCUUGCAUUGGAAGCCAAUAAUGAACUAACUUGGCGAGAUGUGCAAUAUAUCACAGUAUUAACUGCCCGACCAGAACCAAUGGUAGAUGGAGAAUGGACCCAGAAUGCACUUGGAAGAGAAGUCAGUUUACGUUAUGGUUAUGGAUUAAUGGAUGCUGCUGCUAUGGUGAAAAUGGCUAAAAUAUGGACAACGCUUCCAGAAAAACACAUCUGUGAAAUAGCAUCAAAAGAUGUACAAUCCGUAUUGUCCAGCAACACAAUUCACAAAAGCAUCUUACAUGUGGACGGCUGCCAAGAUACAAGCAGUUCAAUAAAGUUUUUAGAACAUGUCCAAGCACAAAUAUCACUACAUUACAGUCGUCGUGGUGACUUACGUAUCAAUCUAACUUCUCCAAACGGAACUCAAUCUACACUGUUGCCACCACGGCCUAAUGAUUGGCAAGCUGCAGGCUUUAACAAAUGGCCAUUUCUUUCAGUUCAUUUCUGGGGGGAAAGUCCACAAGGAGAAUGGGUACUGGAAAUAGAAAAUGUACAGGACCAUCAUCAUAAUAAUGAGGGUGUCCUGAUUGAGUGGAAGUUAAUUUUGCAUGGCACUGCGGAGUACCCAGUCAAACUGAAAGAUACCAAGUCAACUCACAAUCGAAACAGAGAUCAUAUAUUUAAUGGUAGCAUAGAGACAGCAUCAAUGUCUUCUGAUUCAACAGUGAGCCAGUCAAACAGUUCCACACCUGCUAAUAAGAGCUUAAUUGUUUGUCAUGAACAAUGUGCCAAUGACUGCUAUGGUCCAAGUGCCUCAGAAUGUUAUGCAUGUAAACACUUUCGGAAUGGCCAAAAUGGUCCCUGUGUAGCAUUUUGCUCUGAGACCUCUUAUGGUAAUCCUGAAACAGGUGAAUGCUAUUCAUGUGACAGUUCCUGUAAAACUUGUUCAGGACCUUUACCAAAACAUUGUCAAUCAUGUAAAGAUGGCCACUACCUUACUGAGAAUAAUGUAUGCUCCAAAAUUUGCAAUGAUGGAUUCUUUAUUGACCAAAAAGAAAAGCGUUGCAAAUCCUGCCAGUCACCAUGUACAACUUGUGAAUCCAGUGCCAAAAACUGUACUAGUUGCUUGCAGGGAUACAAUUUAUCUAAUGGCCUAUGUAUUCAGACCCACAAGUGUGACCUUAAUGAGUAUCGGAUUGAUGAUGUGUGUUACCCAUGUUUCCACUUGUGUGCCACAUGUAAUGGACCCAGCAGUAGUCAGUGCAAUAGCUGCCUGGCUAACUUUGUGAUUAAAAAUGGUUCCUGCACACCUGCUCCUUGUUCUGUAGGAUUCUACCAGGACAUCACUGGUGGCCGUAACAGUCCAAUAUGUAAAAGAUGUCACAAAUAUUGCAUGAGGUGCUAUGGACCUAGCACUUUACAAUGUAUCUCCUGUCGACCCACGUACAAAAUGAUAAACAAACAAUGUAUCAAAGACAGCCGACUGAUUUCCUGUGAUGAACCCGAUAUGUGUUUAAAUCACACAACAAAAUCCAGGUCUUUUCAGAAAGAAAAUGAAAAAACCUUUAUUAUUCUUUCAGUGUUAUUUAGUAUCUUUACACUGGUUCUUAUUGCUGCUGUUGCUAUUAUAUACUAUGCUCAGUCUAACAACAAAUUAUGCUGGGCAUACCGUUAUCAAAAAGUUGUUGUUUUGUUUGACGAGAAUACAAAUCGGUUUCUCCUUACGAAUGGAGAUUCAGGGGAUGAAGAUGAAGAAAAAUUUGAAAUCAAGUAG